CCAGAAUCGAUUCGAGACCGAGCUAACUGUUUGUCUCCUUCUAAAUUUGUUCGUUCUGAAUACGUCGAACUGCUUAUCUUUACAAUCAUACGUUUCAGACUAAACGAUUUACUCCAUCUCAAUAAAUUGUCCGAACUGCCAGUCAUGGUUGAAUUGGCCAGUGAUUUGCUUGAUCGAAAAACACCCAUUUUUCGUGAUGAUGUGUGCGUUUUUAUCAGUCAGUCAGGUGAAACAGCUGACACAUUGCUGGCUCUGCGCUACUGUAUGAGUCGUGGUGCCCUCAUAGUGGGGAUCACGAACACCGUUGGCUCCUCGAUCUCACGAGAAUCCCAUUGUGGAGUGCACAUCAAUGCUGGACCGGAAAUCGGUGUGGCCAGUACUAAGGUGAGUAGAAGCUGUGACCGGAUAUUCUCUCUGCUCGUGUUCUCAUUGCUCGUGUCUGGUUGGAACAUCGGGCGUGCAAUGUCAAGAUUCGUCGUUCUGGACUGUUUGCCAAUAGUCGUUCAAUUGGAAGACGAAUUGGCUCUACAUCGUGUCCGACCGCUCAGUCACCAUUUUGCGUUGUCUCUUUUUCCAGAAGAAUCGUCACGGCGGUCUGCCCAUGACCUCUCGUUGAGUUAUAAAAAUGUUCUCUUUAUCAUUGGUUUCGGUUGGCACAGGGCGACUGACUGGAAGGAUGACUUCUACUGGCAGGAAACAACGGUAGAUAUGAUUGAGAAUAAAAGUCGUUGGUGA